AUGACCGCCUCUCCAUCACCGUCGCGAUCCAUGUCGGACAACAAUACGCAAGUCUCCGCCGAGCUGGCUUCCGAGAAGAGGCGAUUUCUCAGCCCGCAACUUACAUCGUACUUCGUAGCUGGUGGCAUCGCGGGCGCCGCGUCGAGGACUGUCGUGAGUCCACUAGAACGACUCAAGAUUAUCCAGCAGGUGCAGCCACUGAAAUCGGAAGGGCAGUACAAGGGUGUCUGGGCUAGCUUAGUGCGAAUGUGGCGGGAGGAGGGCUUCCGAGGGUUUAUGCGCGGAAACGGCAUCAAUUGCUUGCGUAUCAUACCGUAUAGUGCGGUCCAAUUUACGACUUAUGAGCAGUUAAAACAGCUGUUCACGGGUUAUGGAGCGACGGAGCUAGAUACACCGACUCGGCUCGCUGCAGGAGCGCUUGCAGGUAUCACGUCUGUCUGCGCAACGUAUCCUUUAGACCUUGUCCGUUCCCGUCUCUCGAUCGCGACCGCGUCCAUCCCACCGCAAUCGGCACCUGCUACUGUGUCAACGCAGCCGCCGCUCUCGUCUGCAUAUCAUACCGCAUCUAUUGCUUCACGGACAACGGCCGGGUUCAAUCCGAAAGAUCUGACGAUGUGGGGGAUGACAUUGAAAGUUUUCCGCGAGGAAGGCGGUGUGCGCGCACUGUAUCGCGGGAUCAUGGCCACUGCAGCAGGCGUGGCACCAUACGUUGGAAUUAAUUUUGCAGCGUAUGAGGCGCUCCGUGGCGUCAUUACACCUCCGGGCAAGAGCAGUAUCCCCCGCAAGCUUUUGUGCGGUGCGCUUGCAGGUGAGGCUCAAUUGAUACGGUCAUACUUUGCUAACGAUAGUGCCAUCGACAGGUUCAAUAUCGCAAACGUUGACCUACCCGUUUGA